AUGGAUCAGAGUGGCCACGUGUCUAAAAAGCGAGAGCUCCACGAAAGCACUCCGGAGCUAUCAGAUGGGCUUUCAGACUUCAACGAGGCCGGGCUCGUUGACCUACUCGAAAACGAUCCUAGACCCACAUUUCUCAUUGAUUUUGGGGGUCAUGGCUCGUUGAGUGGCACUGGAGCGCAUUUCGUCUACUGCAAUGAUUCUCUGAGAAGUAACGCGAGUAUAUGGGAACAGGUUCAGUCGCUAUACAGCCCAGCUACGGCGAGUCAUGACCUUCCUUCCAGGUCAUUCCGGCAAUGGACACUUCAAACCACCCAGUCCCCUUCUUGCAAGUCAAGAAGCGCUUGCAAGUCGUUCACGGGCUUCAUCUGGACUAUUGUCACGGUUCGAGAUCGCUGGAACCUUGUCAGUGGCUUGUCUAUUAGCGCAAUAGAUUGCCUGCAUGAGGGUGACAGUGAAGCCACUAUACCUUUCUCCACAGAACUGAGCGCCGUCGGUCGAAUCUCUCAGAUGAGUUCCUUAGAGGGGAAGGUGCUGAGAACGCUGGAUUGGACCUUACCAGAUUCCUGCUUCCAGACUUCUUCACACAUAGAAUGGGUGCGUAACUUCGACUGGGGCUCAACACCUCUUGGUAAAAUGAGAGAUUGGUCUAGCCACCUUCGGCUGGCUAUCAAUAUGGUCAUGUCAGAUCCUUCACCAGCCGUUUUAUACUGGGGACAGGAGCUGACCACGAUUUACAACGAGGCUUACAUUCCAGUAUGCAGAACGAAGCACCCCUGGGCUCUAGGCCGGUCUUUUGGAGAUGUUUAUUCGGACGUAGAAAACGAGUUCGGAGAUUUUCCCGAUUCCGUGUGGGCCCAUGGACGCGAGCAAGGCCAGGCCACUGGCGCGGACGAACGAAGAUUUGUCCUGGCCAUGCACAGUGAAUUUCUUGAGGAGAUAUUUUUCUCUUACUCAAUUCUUCCAAUGCUUGAAAGCAGCGGACAGGUGGGAGGUUUCUACACCGCCUUCAGAGAUGUCACGCGCGCUGUUGUGGCUGCUCGGCGAGGGUCUACAUUGCAGGCGGUUGUUGAUGCUAGAGGGGACGGCACAGAUCCAGAAGCUUUCUGGCGGAAACUUGUUGACGCUGUCUCUUCUAAUGGAAACGACUCAGUAGCUGCAUUCGCCUAUUCCGCUCGAGGCACUCGGGUUGGGGCGUCAAGUAUGAGCACAGAGACUACGAAGACCACUGUUCUAGAGGCCUUUUCCGGUGUCCCCACUGAUACAAGGGGAGUACCAUGUGCUCAUGAUAUGUUGAGGAAGAAUGUCGCUCUUAUCGCUGCUUUUGAUGAGGCUUUGAAAACCGGCUUACCACAGCGUUGUGAGAUUGAUGAUUUAAUACUAGCACAAAAUUUGUUGCACCCGACCCAACCACUGAAUGACAGGAACAUUCCGAAGGAGAUUGCUUUCUGCGCCACUGAUCCUCAAUUGCCCUCUCAAGGCCUCCUCGCAAUAGCCCUCAAUCCUUUACGGCCAUAUGACGUUGACUACGAGCAUUUUCUGGCAACCAUGACUCGAGAGAUCUCCGCUUCGCUCGCCACAUUUGACAGAGCCCGUUUUGCAGAGCAAGCGAUCAUCGAGAGUGAAUUGCGCUUCAGCCAAAUGACAGCAACGUCUCCGGCCGCUCAUUUUGAGGUCAACCUGGAAGGUCAAAUACUCUAUGUGAACGAUAAGUGGCAUGACAUCACGGGGAUGCCUCGGGCUGGGCACGAAAUCCCAGCUAUGUCAUGGCUGCACAUGGUCUACGAGCCUGAUUUACCUGUCAUAGAGGCCGAGUGGAGUAACCUGCAGGCAGGGAAAUCGGUGUCUUUCGAGAUCCGAAUGAAAAAGGAAUGGCAAGCCACCAACCCGUUCGGCGGCGAGACGCUCGAUCUAGAAUAUACAUGGGUGCUCGCCAUGGCCUCGCAGCACACAACCAAGAACGGCCCUACUAUUAUGGGCUGCCUUAUUGAUAUCAAUCGGCAAAAAUGGGCUGAAGAUUUCCAUAAGCGGAAAACCGAAGAAGCAAUCCAAAUGAAGCAACAACAGGAACGUUUUAUAGACAUGACUUCGCAUGAGAUGAGAAAUCCUUUGAGCGCGAUCUUCCAGUGUUCAGACAGCAUCGUGUCGUUACUUGAAUAUGCAAUGCAAAUACGCGGUAAAGGAGACUCCGAUAGGAAAUCUAGUGAGGCAAACGAAAUGGCACUAUUGGACUCCAUCAAGAGCUGUAUAGAAGCAGCGCAAACAAUCUCACUUUGUGCUCAGCACCAAAAGCGGAUCGUUGAUGAUGUCCUCGUGCUUUCCAAGAUGGAUGCAAAUAUGAUCGAGAUUACCCCUUUGGAGACCAAUCCCCAAAAACUUCUCAAGAGUGGACUCGGCAUUUUUGCCUCCGAGCUUCGCGCAAACGAUACACAAAUGGAGUUUCGUGUGGAGGAGUCAUACGAGAAGUUAGGAGUGGAAUGGGUGCGGCUAGACCCAAGCCGUCUGCUCCAGGUUCUGAUCAACCUCACCACGAAUGCGCUCAAAUUCACAAUUUCUGAAUCCAAAGUACGAAGGAUAAUUGUGUCGCUUGGAGCAUCAAGCACGCCGCCUUCCUAUCUUUCAUCCAAUCGUUCGGGCUUCACGUACUUGCCCUGUUCUGGAGACACUGUCGACCCGACAUCUCGUCCAGAAUGGGGAUCUGGAGACCCUGUGUAUAUACACCUCUCCGUCGAGGACACCGGUCGAGGCAUAAGCGAAGCCGAGAUGAAGCAGCUUUUCAUGCGCUUCCAGCAAGCAUCUCCUCGCACUCAUGUGGAAUACGGCGGAUCUGGAUUGGGUCUUCACAUAGCUCGUCAAUUGACCGAACUGCAAGGUGGUCAGAUAGGAGUCACCUCAGAGAGAGGCAAGGGCAGCACCUUCUCCUUCUAUGUCAAAGGGCGGCGAUGCAAUCCCGCCGAUACCAGACUACUGGGAUCGGGAGCUGCCACUGUAAACUUCUCUAGACAGCUAGGUUCCUCAAUUACUACUCUCCCAGUAAUCCAACCACCACAGCCAUGUGAGAUAUCCACUGAAUCACUCUCAGUCCAGGGAUCGCAGAAGCUCAAUAUCCUUGUAGUCGAGGACAACCUCGUCAACCAAAAGGUGCUAAGCCAGCAACUCCAUAGACUGGGCUGGCAUGUAUCUGUUGCAAAUCAUGGCCUUGAAGCCCUGGAGUACCUGAAACAAACGGUCUUUUACGACAACUUAUGCGCCACAGAGCACAGAACCCCUCUCGAUUUGGUAUUGAUGGACAUCGAGAUGCCUAUCAUGGAUGGUUUGACGGCUACCAGGAAGAUCAGGCAGCUACAAGCUGAGGGAACAAUAACGGGCCACGUGCCGAUCAUUGCGGUUUCGGCAAAUGCAAGAGCUGAACAGAUUGUGAAAGCAACCGCCGCUGGAAUGGACGACGUUGUGUCCAAGCCUUUCCGAAUACCUCAACUCGUCCGCCAAAUCGAGCAGCUCCUUGCAAAAGGGUGA